AACUGGACUCUACCCCUUUCACAGGAUAUUUAGUCAAUGAUAAAACCAGUUUAUAAACCCAGGAGGAAUUGCAGUUGAGUUGUUGAUUCAAGUGGGAGACAGCUUUUAGUUUGACUUCGAGAAACUAGAGAUUCAACAUGGCGGCGAAACCCAAGCUUCACUACUUCAACGCCCGAGGCCGAAUGGAAUGCAUCCGGUGGCUCCUGGCUGCAGCUGGAGAAGAGUUUGAAGAGCAAUUUAUAGAGUCUCCACAAGAUUUGGAAAAGUUAAAAAAUGAUGGGAGUUUGCUCUUCCAGCAAGUGCCCAUGGUUGAAAUUGAUGGAAUGAAGUUGGCACAGACCAGAGCCAUUCUCAACUAUAUUGCCAGCAAACACAACCUCUAUGGGAAGGACUUAAAGGAGAGAGCCCUGAUUGACAUGUAUUCAGAAGGUAUAGCAGAUCUGAGUGAAAUGAUCUUGCAAUUGCCACUAUGCCCACCUAAUGAAAGAGGUGCCAAGCUUGCUCUGAUCAAAGAGAAGGCAACAGGUCGCUAUUUGCCUGUUUUUGAAAAGGUGCUAAAGAGCCACGGACAAGACUACCUAGUUGGCAACAAGCUGAGCAAAGCUGACAUUCACCUGGUUGAACUUCUAUAUUAUUUGGAUGAGAUUGACUCCAGUCUUCUGGCCAGCUUCGCUCUGCUCAAGGCCCUGAAAACCAGAGUCAGCAACCUCCCCAAUGUGCAAAAGUUUCUGCAGCCUGGUAGUCAGAGGAAGCCUCCACUGGAUGAGAAAACUUUAGAAAAAGCAAAGAAGAUUUUCAAUAUUAAGUAAAACAUAUAGUUAACCAGCUCAUCAGAAUGAAUCUUCUAGUUUUCCAACAAUAACUGCCUUGCCUGAAUGUAGAUUCUGGCUAUUGUGACAGUAAUAAACUAUAGCAAUAUAUAUGUUAAUGGAAAUUAAAUUAAAAAAUACCAAUAAACAGAUUUCCACAGUAAUUUAUUAUUUUUCAUUAAAAUCAUACAUGACUUCAUA